GGGAGUUUAAGCAUUUCGUUUCAGCCAAUCAACGACAGCUGCGUUACUUACCGAAAGCAGUUAGCACAUUAAAUUCGCAGAAUAUUUCUAAAUUUGUUUGCUAAGUAUUCUUGGAAAAAAACUCAAAACCUUUCGAAAAUAAACUUGUGUAUUCCCACAGGAAGCCAAUCCCUCGGUAUAAAGGAGCAUGGUCUCAAGUGAGUACAAACUGAACCAGGGCCCAGAAGAUGGCAUCACUGCGGUCAAGUUCUGCCCCACCGCAGCAAACUCUCUGCUGGUGUCUUCCUGGGACUGCUCGGUCCGCUUCUACGAUGCGGUGGCCAAUACCUUGCGCAUGAAGUAUCAACACUCAGCUCCGGUUCUUGAUUGUGCUUUUUAUGACCCAACACAUGCUUGGAGUGGUGAUCUGGAUAAUUAUUUAAAAAUGCAUGACUUGAACACGGACCAAGAUACCGUAGUGGGAAAACACGACGCAGCUAUUCGUUGCGUGGAACACUGCCCUGAGGUGAACGUCAUGGUGACAGGGAGCUGGGACAGAUCAGUCCGACUCUGGGAUCCGAGGGCGCCCUGCAACGCCGGCACAUUCACGCAACCUGACAAGGUAUACACGAUGUCUGUUGCGGGUGAUCGGCUGAUUGUCGGCACGGCGGGCAGACGCGUGUUAGUGUGGGACUUGAGGAAUAUGGGCUAUUUGCAGCAGAGGAGAGAGUCCAGUCUCAAGUUUCAGACACGUUGCAUCCGAGCCUUCCCAAAUAAGCAGGGCUACGUCUUGAGCUCAAUCGAGGGCCGCGUGGCCGUUGAGUACCUUGACCCGAGCCUGGAGGUCCAGAAGAAAAAGUACGCCUUCAAGUGCCACAGACUGAAGGAUGUCGCUGAGCAAGUCUACCCCGUCAAUGCUAUCUCCUUUCAUGGUGUGCAUAACACCUUUGCAACAGGUGGGUCUGAUGGUGUUGUCAACAUCUGGGACCCAUUCAACAAGAAGCGCCUGUGCCAGUUCCACCGUUACCCCACCAGCAUCGCCUCGCUGGCCUUCAACAGCGACGGCGGCUUGAUUGCCAUUGCCGCAUCCUACAUGCACGAGAUGGGUGACGUAAGCCACCCAGAAGACGCUGUAUACAUUCGUCAGGUCACUGACGCUGAGACCAAACCCAAGUGAGUCCCCUUCCUGCCCGGCACCUCGUCUGCCUUCGACUUUCCACCAGCCCAACAUAAUGCGGUCCUUAUAUACUGGCAUCUCAUGUAAAUUUCGAGUCACCAUCUUUGUAUUUCUGUUUUUCUUCUUUGAUAAUCUGUUCUUGUUUAUUUCAACUUCAUUUCUUGAUUAAAAAUUUUCCCCAUGUU